GGAAUCCCUUGCUUCAAGGUGGAAACGGAACUGGAUCUUGUCCACACCGCACGCUUCUUUUCUCUUCCAUCUUUCCCCCCUUCUCCUCAGCGGCAUCGCCACGACCCCCCGAGAGCAGUUCGUCAAAGUUUCAGAGUACGAACUUUCAAGUAAGGAUAGGAGGGUCCCGGAGUGCUUUGUUUGUUCGGGUUAAUUACGGGAGGACGAAUCUUACCGGCCGAAGAACAAAAGGAGGUCCCUCAGUGGUCACUGCCGUGGUGAAAGGCUUGAGAGGGAACAAUGCCCCCCAGCAGUUCGUCUUUCACGGCGUUGAACUUGCCAUCAACCUUCUCUCUGCCGCAAUGCAUGGAAUACUUCACCCUCACCGCCGGUCCUAACACGGAUCUUUGGCGCAAGCCACCGAACCGGGAUACCGCAACGGCUCCUAUCGUGUUCACUUCUCUGCGGAGUCCGUUUGUAGUCGCCGAGGUCACCGUCACGGCGGACUGGGAGAUGGAAUGGGACCAGGGAGGCCUGGUGAUCUUUGCCGGCGCGGCACCUCAGUCGUUCUCAUCCGACGGUGUUCCGCUCCCUUCGGGGACACGAUCGGGUCGCCAUGGGUACUCGCAGACGGCACGACCCUGUAAAUGGGUCAAGGCGGGCAUGGAAUUCAGUUCGGGCACCAUGAACGCAUCUUCAGUAAGCGCAACCGCCGACGGCGCGGACUGGUGUCUUUCACCACUUGCUAUUCCCGACCGGGGACCGUCUGCUGUCCAUUCGUUGCGUAUCAAGUUGGAGCGGAUCGGACAUUCGCUUUGGAUCUGGUACCAGGUGCCGUCGGCGGUACCAUAUGCAAUGACCCCGGGGGCCGUGAGCAGCACGUGGAAAAAGCUGCGGGAAGUGACAUGGUUCUUCUAUGGGGUGGAGGAUAAGUUUGUCCACGUGGGAGUCUAUGCUAGUCGCCCGCACAGCCUGCCUCGCACCGGGACGAUGUGGGAGAUGGUCAACGGCCGGGGGAUGGACGGUACGGCCGCGGGCGAUGGCCUGGUCGUUGAAUUUGAAGACCUGGAGAUUCUCUAAUAUGGAACAUCAUUUGAUUUUGCUUGUCUUGUUAAUUUGCUUCGUUCAAGCUGCGACCUUGGACCUUUACGAGUCGACGACUUCCCUUUGGGGUACUGGAUUCAGGAGCUGGGUGCAUUGCGGGAAAUAGCGAGCAUGGA